AUGCAUUUGAGAAUUGAAAGAUUGGCAUUAAAUGAUGCUGGGCAAACUGACCUACCAGAGGUAAUCACAGAAGAAGAUGAUGAACUGGAAAAUACAGGUCUGUAUUGCGAUGAGGUGCAAUUCCCACAGUUCGAUGAAUCAUUGAAAAAUAGUUCACAAGAUGGUAUACGAGUAGUACAAGAAGGUGGUAUACGAAAAGUUAUUGCAUCAAAGGAUUAUAAACUUGGGGAGCUUCUUGCAGUUGAAACAGAAUCAAUGUGUUGGAUUCCACCACUGGAUAAGCUUACUCUUGCUCAACGAGGAAAAUGUUGUGGAUUUUGUGGUAAGUCCCUCUCCGGUAGUAAUAUUAGUCCUCAUUUUAUCAUGACACAUGGGCUUGAUUGUCCCGAUUGUGAUGUUGUAUGGUGCAGCAAACGAUGUAAGACCAAGGACCAACGUGUACAUGCAACUUUACAUCAUGGUAAACAUAAACUUGGUAAUAACAUUCACUAUAAAGAGUGGUCAGUAUUUGAAAACUAUUGUCAUGAUAAUGAUAUGGUAGCGGCUCGUUCAGUAGCGAUCAUUCUAGCUACAAUCUUAGUCAAUAAAGAGUCCAGAUUACAAAAGCAAUGGGAUUCUCUUGCGACAGUCUCUCAAUGCCAUAGAUUACAAAUAGGAGAGAUGGAUAAAUGGACUCGAUGUUUUGAUUUAUUUCAAGCUGUUUUCCCUAAUACUGAACUUGUUCCAGAUUUUCAAGCUUUUAUGGAACUGGCAGGUAGGUUUGAUAUUAACGAAACCUCUCAACAAUUAUAUUUUAUUGCAUCAUUUUUAAAUCAUAGUUGUGAACCGAACGCUCAUUUCGAAGUAAAUGAAAAGAAUGAAUGGAGAUUAUUUGCUAGAGCUACUAUUUCCUCGGGAGAUGAAUUGUUCAUUACUUAUAUCAACCCAUUACAUGACGUUGAACUAAGGCAAAGAGAACUACGACAAAAAUAUGGUUUCAGAUGUGAGUGUCACCGUUGCCAAGUUGAGCUAUCACAAACGGUAGAGAUACCGACAAUAGUUCAUCCGAUAGAAUCUCCAAUGGUGUCAUCUUCCCCAACGACCUCUUCCAGAAGAAAAUCCUCAAUGAGAAGUAAAAGACCAGAUUUGACUCAAUUGUUGAAAAAUGGUCAAGAAUUCGAUCUUGAUAUUCCAGAGAAUCCAGGUUUCCCAAAUAGACGUCGUACAUCGGUAAGAUUCGAUGGAACUGUCUCCAUGGCUGUGGAGGAAGAGUAA